UGGAGGGAAGUGAGAGAAAGGAAGUUCCAAAGAUGACAUCAUCGACAACAGCAUCUGAUGUCACCAAGGUUCUGCUGGAGGCUCACAAUGGCAGCGUUGGGCAGAAAGCAUCCGAAGCACCGUGUGUGAGAGAGGAGAAACACAUUGAAAACCUCAGUCGGAAAAUGACUCGGACCAAAGAUAAUGUAUCACAUGUGGCAGAAGACAUGCUUCAGUCAGCAGAUGAGAUGACUCUAAUCCAGCACCAUUUGGAUUUUAUGGAUCGAACCCUAAACAAGCUGGAAAAUAACAUGCCUCAACAUGUCAACCCUCAAUCAAAUGAUGAAGACACGUUAAACAACAACGAGGAAUUUCAGGUUAAUGAUGUGUUUGCCCAGAAGGUUCUGGCAGAAUAUCACAUACAGGAUACUACAGACCAAUCAAAAGAUGUAUCUGUGAAAAAGCAAGAUGUACCCAAGGAAACAGCAGAUGAGGCAGGGAUUGAACCUACAACUGUAGAUGACAUGUUCGCUCACCGAGUUCUUUCAGAACAUCAUGAACAGAAAAUGGCUGCUGAGAAGAUGAGGAAGGUAACAUCGGCUGCUCUUGAAAUUUUGGAGAAGGCUGAGCUAGCUGUUCAACAACAAAAGGACACUGAAAACAAUAUAAUUCCAACGACAGGUUAUAACGAUCAUUUGAAUUCAGAUGAUCUGGAUGACCCAACCGUGUGUUAUCCAAUAAAUGAGUUGUCAAGUGUGACAGAAUCAAAAGACAAACUCGAGCCCACAGAUCAGCUGAAUAUCGAAGUUGAAGCUGAACCUGAUGUUGUUACCGAACAGAAGCAUGAAAACAAAGAGCCCUCUAUGUUGGUUCCUGAUUCUCCGGUUGAGGUCCCUAGGGAUUUGUCCAGUGCUCACAAGGAUUCCAGCUCAGCAAAACCUUCAGGAGUGACUUAUUAUAACUUAGGUUUAAGACCUGUUGAUGCUGAACGCUUCAAGAAAGAUUUUUACGUCAACCCUCCAAAAAAAGCGAACCCUAACAAACCCUCUAAUACAUCAGGGGUCAGAAGUAGAGACAUUGUGAAAACGAAGCAUGAAGUUGAAGAUACAGAAGACAAAAUCUACAUGGCAGCCUGCAGUGUGUAUUCACUCGAAGACAAAAUACAACAGUUAGAAGCUCAAGUAGGAGAUAUUCACGAAGGUAUCUCAGACAGCAAUAUGUCUGCCCUGGAGGAUGAAGUAGCCAAGGCAAUGGCAGGAGUGGAGCAUAGCGAAAAUGAGGUUGCAUCCAUUGAGAAAUCUGUUGAGCAACAUCAAAACACACUUGAUCAUCAAACUGCCUCACUGCCACACAUGUCUGCAGAUAUCGGUACGGCUUUUCACAAGGACUCUCUUAAGAUGUCGCAAAAACUGGUUGGGGAUAGCCGAGAGAAAGACAUUCCUGCGAGCCGAUCAGAGUUUGACUCCAAUGUUUCUGUUGAGCUUCCAUCGGUGACGAGACUGCGAGCUCUGUUCAACCAGCCCACAAGAAACAAUCUCGGAGAUUCCUCAGUUAAAAGGACUGACAAAUUAGAUCCUAGGAUUCACAGCAUCACAGCUCGAAGUUUAUCAAAACUCCAGAUGGAGAACUUAAAAAGCGAGAAGAGUGGAAUCUUGGCCAUCUCACUGGACGGCAAACCCACACAACGACCACGGCCAAGUCUUAAAACAAUCCCUGCACCAGUGCCACCAGGUGGUGCUGACAUCAAUACAAAAUCUGCCAAGAAGUCUCCGGCACCUGUUGCUCCAGGUUUGCAAUCUCCUGCUGCUGAUGCUACGGUUCUUCACCAACUUGAACAUGAGUCUGCUGAAACGGAAGAGACGAGUACCGUAAAAGGAGGGACAGCAGCGAAGGCGUCGUUUUGGGAAAAUGUCAUAAAGAAAUCAAGCAGUCCUGAUAAUGAAAAUCAACCCGUUUUCCCUGAUCUUGUUGGAGGAGAUGAUGCCAAAUUGGAAUCGGGUCAAAAACGAAAAGAAAACUAGGCAGACAUGAUCUAACUGCUUAUUGUUCCACAAACAUCAGAAGAGAAACAGAUGAAGACUGAGAAAAUACAAAAUAACAAAGACUGGAUAUUAACUACAAUAACAACAACAACAACGACAACAACAACAACAACAGAAAUAUUUUUUUAACAUAUUUAUAAUUAAAACAAUAAGGAACAUAGAUAUUGCUGAAUUGUGGCAUUUUUUUUUUGUUUUAAGUUUCACCAGGAAACCAUUUCAUCUGUCCAUGUGAUGUUUGUUAGUUUGUUGCUGUGAAAUUGUUUGUUGUCAUUGGUGUCAGAGGUCAAUCAUACAGACAGGUGCAUGCAAUGCAUGUGUGUGUGUGUGUGUGUGUGUGUGUGUGUUUGAGGGGGAUGAUGUGAUUACUUUAUGCUAGUUCUGAUAGGGUUAGCUAUUGCGAGUGUAGGGGAAGAUCUAUGAAUGUCUAAUCCAGGACGCGCUAAACUUUGGAGGAAAAGUAGAGUGAAUACAGAGGUAUGAAAGGUAAGCAGUGAAAGUGCAGAAGUUAGGGCUAAACCCGAGUUAAUGUAUAGGUGAAGUAAAUAUAAGGGAAGGUAGGGCUAGCCAUGGUUGGUGUAGAUGUGUGUAAGGUGAAUAUUGUUAGUGGAGACAGUAGGGCCUGUCUUUGUUUGUGUAGAAGUGUGCAAGGUAAGCAUUCAAAAAAUGGGGCAGGUAGGAUUGUUUUUGAUUAGUACGGAGGUGUGUAAGGUAAAAGGGAGAAGUGCUGCUCUUGAAUGUCCUUAUAUGCAAUGUAGUAUAGUCAAGGUUGGAGAGAUACCUUUAUGGUAAACCAUGAUAGGGUAUAUAAAGUAGGGCUACCCUGGGUAGUACAGUAAAUGUUGGGUUCAGUCCCACUGCAUGGCACCUUGGGCAAGUGUCUUCUACUAUAGCCUCGGGCCGACCAAAGCCUUGUGAGUGGAUUUGGUAGACGAAAACUGAAAGAAGCCCGUCGUAUAUUUGUAUAUAUAUAUAUAUGUGUUUGUCCCCCUAGCAUUACUUGACAACCGAUGCUGGUGUGUUUAUGUCCCCAUCACUUAGCAGUUCGGCAAAAGAGACCAAUAGAAUAAGUACUAGGCUUACAAAGAAUAAGUCCCAGGGGUCGAUUUGCUCGACUAAAGGCGGUGCUCCAGCAUGGCCGCAGUCAAAUGACUGAAACAAGUAAAA